AAUACAAAGGGAUGGAGUUGAAACAAAUGAGAGGAAAUUGGAAUUCUAAACUUAAUCUCAUUGGCAUUAGAAAGGCACCUACAUGUAUUUCACAUGAGCCGGUGAGUGUUAGCCUGCUUGUGAAAUCUAAAGUUGAGUAACUUCAAAUACUAACCACAGAGGGAGAGGCAGCAAGAGGAGAGGCAUAAAUUCAGGAUCUCACCCUUCAUUCCACAGACACACACAGCCUCUCUGCCCACCUCUGCUUCCUCUAGGAACACAGGAGUUCCAGAUCACAUCGAGUUCACCAUGAAUUCACUCAGUGAAGCCAACACCAAGUUCAUGUUCGAUCUGUUCCAACAGUUCAGAAAAUCAAAAAAGAACAACAUCUUCUAUUCCCCUAUCAGCAUCACAUCAGCAUUAGGGAUGGUCCUCUUAGGAGCCAAAGACAACACUGCACAACAGAUUAAGAAGGUUCUUCACUUUGAUCAAGUCACAGAGAACACCACAGAAAAAGCUGCAACAUAUCACGUUGAUAGGUCAGGAAAUGUUCAUCACCAGUUUCAAAAGCUUCUGACUGAAUUCAACAAAUCCACUGAUGCAUAUGAGCUGAAGAUCGCCAACAAGCUCUUCGGAGAAAAGACGUAUCAGUUUUUACAGGAAUAUUUAGAUGCCAUCAAGAAAUUUUACCAGACCAGUGUGGAAUCUGCUGAUUUUGCAAAUGCUUCAGAAGAAAGUCGAAAGAAGAUUAACUCCUGGGUGGAAAGUCAAACGAAUGAAAAAAUUAAAAACCUAUUUCCUGAUGGGACUAUUGGCAACGAUACGACACUGGUUCUUGAAUUCAAAGGGCAGUGGGAGAAUAAAUUUAAAAAAGAAAACACUAAAGAGGAAAAAUUUUGGCCAAACAAGAAUACAUACAAAUCUGUACAGAUGAUGAGGCAAUACAAUUCCUUUAAUUUUGCCUUGCUGGAGGAUGUACAGGCCAAGGUCCUGGAAAUACCAUACAAAGGCAAAGAUCUAAGCAUGAUUGUGCUGCUGCCAAAUGAAAUCGAUGGUCUGCAGAAGCUUGAAGAGAAACUCACUGCUGAGAAAUUGAUGGAAUGGACAAGUUUGCAGAAUAUGAGAGAGACACAUGUCGAUUUACACUUACCUCGGUUCAAAAUGGAAGAGAGCUAUGACCUCAAGGACACGUUGAGAACCAUGGGAAUGGUGAAUAUCUUCAAUGGGGAUGCAGACCUCUCAGGCAUGACUGGGAGCCGCGGUCUCUCGGUAUCUAAAGUCCUACACAAGGCCUUUGUGGAGGUCACUGAGGAGGGAGCGGAAGCUGCAGCUGCCACCGCUGUAGUAGUAGUCGAAUUAUCAUCUCCUUCAACUAAUGAAGAGUUCCGUUGUAAUCACCCUUUCCUAUUCUUCAUAAGGCAAAAUAAGACCAACAGCAUCCUCUUCUAUGGCAGAUUCUCAUCCCCGUAGAUGCAAUUAGUCUGUCACUCCAUUUAGAAAAUGUUCACCUAGAGAUGUUCUGGUAAACUGAUUGCUGGCAACAACAGAUUCUCUUGG